AUGAAUGAGACACUUUUAUUCCUGAGCAAUGUGUCGGAUUCUUGCGGUGUCUCGCUGUUGGAUCAACCAUCAGUCAGAUAUCCGUUGAUGGUUAUCUAUUGUAUCGUGUUCGUCGUUUGUCUUGUUGGAAAUCUGCUAACCUUAGCAGUUCUCACAACUCAUCCAAUGAUGAAAACACCAACACAUUACUUCUUGAGCAAUCUGGCAGCAGCUGAUAUACUUGUUGCCGUGUUCUGUAUUCUACAAAAUAUGGUCCAUCUCAUUGGACUCGACCACGGAAAUUGGCCUCUUGGAGCCUUUCUGUGUCGUGCGUAUCUUGGUAUAACUAACGUAAUGCCAUGUACCAGUGCCGGUAUUUUGGUGCUUGUAUCAGCGGAGAAGUACAUUGCAGUACUACAUCCUUUGUCAGGAUUGAAGUGGUUGACUCCAGAAAACCGUAAACGCGCAUGUGUAGCCGUGUGGGUUAUAAGUGUCGGUGUUAACGUCCCAUAUUUUAUAAAUGCCAAAUACUAUGAAAUGGAAGAUCAAGUCGCAUGUUUCAGAAUAGCAAUCCCUCUAUGGAAUAUCUUCUCAUUUGUUAUUUGGUACUUGAUUCCACUGAUAUGCUUAACAAUCAUCUACUCCAGAAUUAGCCACCUGCUAUGGACAUCGGAUAGUACUCGACAGAGUAGCAGACAAAGUCAUGAUUCUAAAGGAGAUCUCGAAAACGGAAACGGUACAACUAGUGCAACUCCAGGAGCAAGUUGGCAAAUGAAGAAUGGGAAGGUCGUAAUGUUCAAUCAGGAGAGUCUUCUCAAAGUUCCAAUAAAAAAGAAGGAAUCAAAAAAAGAAUCGAAAAAGCCAAAAGACACAGAAGGAAGGAGAAAAGUGGUUCGAUUGCUUGUAGCUGUUGUUGUCGCAUUUGCAGUUCUAACUCUUCCACACCAUGCCCGAAUUCUUUAUACGAGUUUUGAAACUGAACCAUUCUGCAAUUCGGAUUGGAUGAUGCUUACUCAACCCUUAUCCUACAUUUUGUUAUUCAUGUCAUCUGCGAUCAACCCAAUUCUCUAUGCGUGUCUUUCAAAACGUUUUAGAACUGCACUGUCUGAUGUUUUGCAUUGCAGGAAAGGAAUAUUUCACAAGAUAUCUCGUCCGAGGACUCGAACUCUAGUCAGCGACGUGCCGGUGGAUGAUACUCCUUGUCCAAGUCCGCUGCCACAAAUCCGGAUGAACAGAAUUCGAUGA